AUGCCUAUCUGGGAUUCCCUCGGCGGUCGUAAGGAGAGCCAAGCGCCCUCCCCAUUCGACACUUCCGCCCAAGAUGCCACUUCUUUCCUCUCCGAGGUCGCCAUUCCGGAUCCCUCCAAACUCCAUCCCCUGGCUGGCUUGAACCAAGACACUCUCGACUAUCUCACCCUUGAAGACUCCGCGCUUGAUGAACUCCCAGGCUCCCGCUCAGUAUUGCCCUCUCGCGGCUGGUCUGACGAUCUUUGCUACGGUGCUGGCACCACAUAUUUGGCUGCUCUGACUCUUGGAGGCGCAUGGGGUCUCGCGGAAGGAUUAAACAAAACACCAGCCACCGCUCCUCCGAAAAUCCGUCUGAACGGCGUGUUGAACUCAAUCACCCGGCGCGGUCCGUUCCUCGGUAACUCUGCGGGUGUUGUGGCCAUGGUUUACAACGGUUUCAACUCGGGUAUCGGAUAUGUGCGAGGCAAGCAUGAUUCUGCCAACAGUGUUGUGGCCGGUGCCUUGAGUGGAAUGCUAUUCAAGAGCACGCGUGGACUGAAGCCAAUGAUGAUAUCCGGAGGUGUCGUCGCUUCAAUUGCUGGCGCUUGGGCCGUGACGAGAAAGGCCUUCUUCUAA